UCACAGAUCUCAGAACAGGGCAACCUCUGUCACUACUUAUACCACGAACUGCCCGGGAUUGGACAGGCAUUUAAACCAGGCUUUGUCUAUAAAAUGUGAAGCAGGGGGACUUAAGAGAAGACCCCCCUCCUUUCAACAGCUGGCCACUGGAAGGACAACAAUGUCAAACUGAACAAAAACAUUUGGGAGAAAGCAGAAGAAGCGUCUCAGCUUUGUGGAGUUAAUUAAGUUGUUGUUAACAGUGCGCAUGCUGGAGAGCAGCCUCGAUACUCUGCCUGCAUUUCUAUGGCUAAGCAACUGCUAAUGACUCUGCACGUUAUCACUGCUUUACUCUUAUUAACAUUAUAGCGGCUAUGUGGCCAUGCUAAUAGCAAGUUAGCCCUUUUUUCUCCAACUGUUUUAUCCUGCGAGCGCGCGCGCUGCUCAUAUACAGCAUCAAGUCAUUUAAACUUCAGCUGGAUUUUCACUUCAGAUUCAAAAUGAAAUUGGCUCAUAUUUUGCGGAACGCGUCGAGGUUUAACAUACCGAAGCAAGUGGACAGGUUCUCUAAGUUCUCACCAUCGCCGCUUUCAAUGAAGCAGUUCAUAGACUUCGGAUCAGCUAAUGCCUGUGAGAAGACCUCUUUCAUAUUCCUCCGUCAGGAGAUUCCAGUCAGAUUGGCUAACAUCAUGAAAGAGAUAGACCUUCUCCCUGACAAGCUCAUCGGGACUCCUUCCGUGCAGCUUCUACACAGCUGGUAUACACAGAGUCUGAUGGAGCUUGUGGACUUCCUGGAAAAAGAUCCUGAAGAUAAAAACGUUUUAGGAAAGUUCACAGAGGCACUGAUCAACGUGAGGAAUAGACACAAUAAUGUGGUUCCCACCAUGGCGCAAGGAGUGCUGGAGUACAAGGAGGCUUUUGGCGUGGAUCCGGUGACCAAUCAGAAUGUCCAGUAUUUCCUAGACCGCUUCUACACGAGCCGUAUCUCAACGCGUAUGCUCAUUAACCAGCAUACACUUAUCUUCAGUGGGAGCACAAACCCAGCUCAUCCAAAGCAUAUUGGCAGUAUUGACCCAAACUGUGAUGUAGUUGAGGUGGUAAAAGAUGCUUUUGAAAGCUCCAGGAUGCUUUGUGAUCAGUAUUACCUAAUGUCUCCAGAAGUGGAGAUCGAACAAGUGAAUUCUAAAAACCCCAGUGAACCCAUUAAUAUAGUCUAUGUGCCAUCUCAUCUUUAUCAUAUACUCUUUGAGCUAUUUAAGAAUGCAAUGAGAGCAACUGUAGAAACCCAUGAGAACAGCACAUAUCUUCCACCAAUUAAAGUUCGAGUUUCUCUUGGAUAUGAAGACCUGACCAUAAAGAUGUCGGACAGAGGAGGAGGCGUGCCUUUGAGGAAGAUUGAACGCCUUUUUAGUUAUAUGUAUACUACAGCACCAAGCCCUGUGACAGACAAUGCUCGCAAUGCGCCACUGGCUGGCUUUGGUUAUGGCCUUCCCAUCUCACGCCUCUAUGCCAGGUAUUUCCAGGGAGACCUGCAACUUUACUCGAUGGAGGGAUAUGGCACAUCAGCUGUCAUUUACUUGAAGGCGUUAUCUUCUGAAUCUGUGGAGAGACUGCCGGUUUUCAACAGGUCAGCCUUAAGACAUUACCAGACAUGCAUUGAAGCAGAUGACUGGAGCAUCCCGAGCAGUGAACCAAAAAAACUGGGAAAGUAUGAUUACAGUGAGCCAGACGUAAGAACUGAAAACAGGUUAAAUGAUGGAAUAUAAUAGGAUAUAUCCUACAAGGCUAACAAAAUUGCCUCAGGAUAUAAUUUUCAUUUAUAUACAUUUCAGUUUUAGAAUUGCUGGUUUCACAUUAUACAGUGAAAAGGGCAUUUUAUUAAACUCACCGUAUGCCUCAUUUUAUUCCUCUAUUUUCAGGAUAUAAGCUAAUUUCCUUUAAAUUAUCUAUUCCGUGUAAUAAAAAUGAAAAAAUAUUUUAUUUUAUAAAUGUUGUUCCUCCCUGGUAAUAUGGGAUAUUUGUGUAGGACAAUAUUUGGAAUUAUGACUAAAAAAACAUUUGACAUUCAAACUCUCUUUAAGGGGGGGUCCAAGUUUAUCCUAUGUCUGUGUCUAAUGCCCUCAAAAUAAGCAUAGAAAUAACAGAAAUAGCAUCAUAAUAUUUGUUGACCAUAGGGCAUUUGUGGCUUGGCGUUAGGCUUCUUGCUUGCCUAUGCAGAAGGAAUAGUAGAUAGAAAAAAGUUGCCUGGAUAAAAAUGGAAGAGUUACAUCUGGAAGAGUAUCUGAUGUAAAACCUUGUGCCAAAAUUAAAAUGUGGAGGAACAUAAACAAUAAACUGUGACAACUUCUAAUUAAUGAACUUUGCUGACCCAGAGGAAGCCCACUAGAGGUGGCUUUAAGUUAUAGCCACCUCUAACCCUGCAUUGUAGUUAAACUUGUGUACUUGAAAACAAAUCACCAUCAGCAAUUACCAUCAAGGACAUGUCCCUGGCUAGAACCAGUAUCAGUCUCUAUCAGUAUAUUAGUCUUCACCUAAAUUAUAAAUCACCUAAAUUAAUAAUUUUGGAUUCCAAUUAUCAAAGUGCUGUUGGAUGCACAGUAAUUUGAAGCUAGUAGGAACUACUGAAAAAUCUGACAAAUUCUAAAACUGUCUAUCAUGAGAGCCCCAGACAACAAUGUAUGUAAGCAGAAAACAUUAAAAAAAAUCCACUGUUGCAGACUGUUUUAAGGAGAAAUGCAUUUUUUUAUUAUUUCAUGAGAAAUUAUAGCAAUGUGUCAGAUGUUAGGUUACCUUGUGAAUAAAAUGGUACACAUGCUUUUAGAUUUUGUUUAACACUCCAUUACAUGACUGUGUUCACAUUACAAGAUUUAAAUGGAAAAUAUAUUUUUUGCCUGGUAUAUUGUGGCCAUAUUUUCUACAAUCUAACUAGACAACAAAUGUGCACCUGAGAUCCAACUUAUUGAAAUCACAUUUGGCACUGUUUGAUCACCCAAAACAGAUUUCAUGUAGGUUAUUUUCCUUCCAUUUGAUGCUGUUCUCUGACCACGCAUUCCCACCAGUUACAGUGCAUAUGUCAGAUCUAGAGCUCUCGCUUAACACUAGUCCUAGAAGUCACAUCUAUAUCAAGCAUGGCAUACACCACCAAGUUUGUUGCUGUUUGUGCCACAUGUAUUAAGAAGCAAAAAAUGGAAUAAUAUAAAACACAAUGCAUGGCAAAAUCGCUAUUUUGAAAGCCUUCUUUCUAGCCAGGGUCUUACAGACCCAGUUGUUUUACAUACAUACUUUAUGGCGCAUUGACAUUGCUGGCUUUUUAAUCGAAUGCUUUACAGCUGACCAUCUGUUUUUUUGUAGCAAACUUCCAGAGCAACUAAUAUUUGCACUUAAAGCUUGUGUUGCAUGUUUAUUUAUUUAAUCGCUACUGCAUGGGAAUAUUAUAUCACAAAUACUGUAUGCAUUUUUCCAUGAUGUACUUGCUUAUUACAAUGCUUUGGACAUUGAUUUUGAAAAUGUGCAAAUACAUCUAAUUUGAGGGCUGAGGUCUGUUCAUGUUAAGGACAGAUAUGCAACACUUAGCAACAUGAAUGUAAAUCAGUAAAGAGGAGAGACUGGAUCUGGGCUGAUUUGAGAAAAUUUAAAUGGAACAAUAAAGCUUGUAAUGUGAAUUAAAUUGCUGUAAAUGUGACGUAAACAACUUCCAUGAGUCGUGUACAGUGUCAAUUUAGAAGCCAUAAUGAAUGCUUUAUAUAUGCAAUCUAAAAAAAGAACAAGUCUGAAUAACAGUAUACCGCAUGCCCAAUGUUUGCUUUUACCAGAUCAUCGGAAAAAAAAUCUUUUUUCUCUCUCUCUUUUUUAAUGUCUUGACAAUUGAGCAGUGUAAAUCAUGUCACAGAGCAGAAACAUAUAGUAUAGGGGCCUUACUUUGUAUUGCUGGUGUUUGCAGUGAAAAUGUGCAACAACAUAAAGUUUGUGUUUAAAUGUUGUGGCUGAUAAAUGCCUUGUAUGGUCACCGUGGCCAAAUACUGUAUAUACAGUAUUAUACCAUUUUAAUUUACCAGGUUUUAAGGUUUUUCACCCUAAGAAUAACCUUCUAUGUCCUUUUUGUGAAUUUUGAAAUUCCAACUUGUGAAUUUUAACACUGUAACAACUGAAGUACCUGUAUGUUAUUUUCUUUUAUAUAGAUUUUUUUUUCUUCAGAAAUAACUUUUGUUUCUAAUUGCAUGAUCUCAGGAUAAAGGAAAGUAUGCUUUACUUUUUAUUUCUUUGAAUUCCAAGUGUGAUGUGUAUGCUUUAACAGGGGUAUAUCUUUAACUGUAAAAAACAUUGGGUCAUUUUAAAGCAUUUGCAGAGGAAGUAUCUGUUUUUCACCCCCAAGCCAAUUCAAUUGCUGUAAUCACUUAGUCAUGUUAGCAGGAAACAUUUCGCUUUGUAAUGUUCAGCUGGUUUGUCAUGCUAGAUGUUUUUUUUUUUUGUACACAGUGGAUGCUUUCAGCAUCAGACGUUGAUUUUUGCACACUUCAGUGUGACAUUAGUUUUACCUCACCAGCGCUAUUUAUAGUCAUGUGAAUGUGACAUAGGGGCAGGGACCGUAACUGUCAACAGCAAAUUAUCUACAGGAUUACUUCCUGUUCUGUAAACCACUCGACCACAUUUUGCACCUGCAGCGCUUUAGGACUUUGCUAAAGAUACCAUUUUUGUCAAUGAAAAUAUUAAAUCAUACAAUUAACGAAGAAAAUAUGAUUGUGAUAUCUUAUUUGUGUGUUGAAAUUUAACCAAAAAGCUGCAGUAUAUGCUGUAAUUUAUAUGGAUUCGCUGUAGGAGGUGAAAUCAAUGGUUAAAAUAGUUAAAGAUAUAAUAGUUGUAGCCAAAAUGUGACCUUCAUUUUAUAGACUUUAACCCCAAUUUCACCUCCUGCUGUUUCUGCUUUUUGCAUUGCUUGCAUAGCUGACAAGGAAGAUAAAGCACCCUGUUUCACUAGAUGCCACUGGUGAAGCCUAGAGGAACACAAAUAAAACAAAAUGCAAUGUGCAUGAAAAUAAAUAAUCAGCAAUAGUCUUUAUUAA